AUCCCGCGAUUUGCUAAGUACGGGAGCGAGCUGGGAGCUGGGGGUUAAUCCCGUUGUUCAGCAGGGUUUGCGUUAAGACCCCUCACUGAAACAACAUAUUGUAGGCUAUUACCUGCCGUUUGUACUUGUGUGUCAUUUCCAGGGACUUGGUGAAACUUGUACUUCGUGUGUCACAGUGAAAUUUGGCAUUAGGUAUCUAACAUCAUUAUAUACUCGUAAUACAAUUAUCUAGCUAUUGAGCUUAUGCCAUGGAUAAUUUUUAUUUCGCCUAGUUUUUUUAUUUUUCUCGGUUAGUUUUCUAGUACUUUCUAGUGUUAUUCUGUUGCAAGGCAGUUCCUAAGACUUGAGUUUAAGGUUCCUAAAAACUUUCCCUUGCUGUCUCUAAAACUCUGGCUGACAGAUGGACACAUUAUAUAUUUUGAUUAUAACACUAGAACAGACUUAUGAAAUAAAAUUUGGUAACAAAAUGCAUCUGGCAACCCACAAGAUGAUUUAGAUAGUUUACCACUGAGGAUAAUUAAUGAACAAAGAAACCCACGGACUGAGAUGAUUGAAUCUGAAUUGAUGAUCUAAACGGCAUCAAACCUGAGCCCUUCUGCUUUUCUGCACUUCCUUCCUCCCCCAAGAACUAAUGCUACAAAUUUAGAAAAAAAAAUGAAGGCAGACUUCAGAGCCCAGGACUCUGCAUUUACCUCUGGACAUUGGCUGAGAGGAUUUUGUGUGGUGACGAGAAAGGAACUGGGGGUUUCCUGGCAGCCCCGAUGUCAGCGGUGCCACUUUGUAGUCUGUUGACUGACUGAGGUCAAAUUUUUCUGCUUCUGCUUGCCCCAGAGCUGUAAAACAAUUCCAGUGACAGUCUGGCGAGAAGAACUUGUAAAGCUCUGAAAUACAGCAGUUGCCCUGCACCUUUUUUCCCUAAACGGAUUCCUGUUGAUUUAACUUUUAUGUGAUCACAGCGUUCCAGCCUCGGUCAGGCUGCUGCUCAGGAUUUAUACUCUGCAGCCAGGGGCUUGUUAACUUUGGUGUAUUUGAUGCUGAAACUUUGAUCCUCGACCAGAAGAAGCUUCACUGGGAAUAAAGGACUUUCACUGGAUGGAGGCUGCUUUGACACGGUUUAGAGCUACGAAGUUGAUCGAGGACUGGAGCCGAGGAAAGGCUGAGGGAGCUGGGCCUGUUCAGCCUUGAGAGAGGACACUGAGACAGGAUCUCACCCUUGUCUGUCAGAGUCUGCAGGGAGCGGUCAGAGCAUGGACGGGGCUCUGCUCCAUGGGCCCGGCAAUGGGACAAGAGGCAGCAGGCGAAAACUGAUUGCCCAAGAAGUUCCAUCUGAAUAUGAGGAAGAUCUUCUUUACUGUGCAGCGACCAAGCACUGGAACAGAUUGCAAUCCCUCGCUGGAGAUUAGUAUCCAAGCAUGUGGACACAAUCCUGCACCACCUGCUCUGGGAUGGCCCUGCUGGAGCAGCGACGUGGGACCUGGUGGCCCACUGUGGUCCAUUCAAACCUCAUUCGUUUUGGGAUUAUGUCACCGCCCAGGGAGACGGUGGUGAAGUCCCCAUCCCUGGAGGUCUUUAAGGAACGAUGGGCCACGGCACUCAGUGCUCUGAUCUGGCUGACAAGAUGGUGAUCGGUCAAAGGUUGGACUCAAUGAUCUAAGAGGUCUCUUCCCUUCUAAAUGAUUCAGUAACUCAGCGGAGCGCUGCGGGCAGCGGGAACUACCGUCGAGGACCGCCUGCCGGGCCCCGAUAAAGCCGCGGUCACUCUCCGGAGGCUCUCGGGCACCUCCUCAGCCGCCACCGCCUCCUCGGGCCCGCCCGGCCCGGCCGUGCCGCCGCCUCCCGCCCCUCGCUCCGCCCCGGCCGCGGCCCGACCCAGAGGGAGGAAGAUGGCGGCGCUCAUCCCCCUCAGCCAGCAGUUUUCUACUGGGAAUCCAAUAUAUGAAACAUUUUAUAAGCAGGUAGAUCCAACAUACACAGGGAGAGUUGGGGCAAAUGAAGCUGCUCUGUUUCUUAAAAAAUCCGGCCUCUCUGAUAUCAUCCUUGGAAAAAUAUGGGAUUUGGCUGACCCAGAGGGUAAAGGAUACUUAGAUAAACAGGGUUUCUAUGUUGCGUUGCGCCUUGUAGCGUGUGCGCAGAAUGGCCACGAUGUGAACCUGAGCAGUCUGAAUUUGACUGUGCCACCUCCUAAAUUUCGUGACACUAGCAGUCCUUUGCUGAUCACACCACCCUCAACAGAGACCCACUGGGCUGUUAGGGUGGAAGAAAAAGCAAAGUUUGAUGGUAUUUUUGAAAGCCUUUUGCCAGUAAAUGGUUUACUUUCAGGAGACAAAGUAAAACCAGUACUGAUGAAUUCAAAGCUACCUCUUGAUAUCCUGGGAAGGGUCUGGGAUCUCAGUGAUAUUGAUAAAGAUGGUCACCUGGACAAGGAUGAAUUUGCUGUGGCAAUGCAUUUGGUUUAUAGAGCUCUUGAGAAAGAGUCAGUUCCUUCACAAUUGCCCCCCUCUCUCAUACCACCUUCUAAAAGAAAGAAGACACCGGUCUUUCCUGGUGCAGUUCCUGUUCUCCCUGCAAGUCCUCCACCAAAAGACAGCCUCCGCUCCACGCCGUCCCACGGCAGUGACAACAGUCUGAACAGCGCAGAGAGCUUGUCUCCCAAGCACAGCAUCAAACAAGCACAGCCAGCUGUGAAUUGGGUGGUGCCAAUGUCUGAAAAAGUGCGAUACGACGAAAUUUUCGUAAAAACCGACACAGACAUGGAUGGGUUUGUGAGUGGCCAAGAAGUAAAGGACAUUUUUAUGCAUUCAGGUCUGUCUCAGAAUCUCCUAGCACAUAUAUGGGCUUUGGCAGACACGAGACAGAUGGGAAAGCUCAGCAAAGACCAGUUUGCACUCGCCAUGUAUCUCAUUCAGCAGAAGGUCAGCAAAGGGAUCGAUCCUCCACAAGUGUUGGCUGCAGAUAUGAUCCCUCCCACAGACAGGCACACACCCAUUCAGACUCUGUCAGGUUACUUGACCUCUGUAGGAACUGAGAUCUCAGCACUAACAGAAAUGCGGCGUGAUAGUGCAAGUUCUGUUGGAUCAGGAGAAUUUACAGGGGUGAAGGAACUGGAUGAUAUUAGUCAAGAAAUUGCACAGCUGCAGAGAGAAAAAUAUUCUCUGGAGCAGGACAUUAGGGAAAAGGAAGAAUCAAUCAGACAGAAAACCAGUGAAGUUCAGGAACUGCAAAAUGAUUUAGAUAGGGAAACAAGUAACUUGCAAGAGCUGGAGGCUCAAAAACAAGAUGCCCAAGACCGCCUGGAUGAGAUGGACCAGCAGAAAGCCAAACUGAAAGACAUGCUAAAUGAUGUAAGGCAGAAAUGCCAGGAAGAAACACAGGUGAUUUCCUCACUAAAAAUGCAGAUUCAGUCUCAGGAAUCAGAUUUAAAAUUACAGGAAGAUGACCUUAAUAGAGCAAAAGCAGAGCUGAAUCGCCUCCAGCAAGAAGAGACUCAGCUAGAGCAGAGUAUCCAGGCUGGAAAAGUGCAGCUUGAAACAAUAAUCAAAUCUUUAAAAUCAACCCAGGAAGAAAUAAACCAGGCACGAAGUAAACUCUCUCAGCUGCAAGAGAACCAUCAGGAAGUGAAUAAGAGCAUUGAAGAAUACAAUGAAGCUCUUAAUGGGAUUCAUGGUGGGAGUCUGACAAAUUUAGCAGACAUGAGUGAAGGCCUUGGGCAGACAGAAAGAAGCAAUUAUGGAGCUAUGGAUGAUCCAUUUAAGAAUAAAGCCUUGAUGUUUACCAAUAACACACAAGAAUUACAUACAGACCCAUUCCAGUCAGAAGAUCCUUUCAAAUCUGAUCCAUUUAAGGGAGCAGACCCCUUCAAAGGCAGUGACCCAUUCCAGCAUGAUCCUUUUGCAGAACAAGCACCUGCUCCAGCAGAUCCCUUUGGAGGAGAUCCAUUUAAGGAAAGUGACCCGUUUCGUAGUUCUGCCCCUGAGGAUUUCUUCAAGAAACAGGUGAAGAGUGACCCAUUUACCUCAGAUCCAUUCACAAAAACCCCCACUUUACCCUCAAAGCCUGACCCUUUUGAAAGCACUGAUCCUUUUACGUCUUCCAGUAUCUCUUCAAAAGGUCCAGAUCCAUUUGGAACACUGGAUCCAUUUGGAAGUGGUGCUUUCAGUGGUGGUGAGGGAUUUGCAGACUUCAGUCAGAUGUCAAAGUCAGUAGCUUCAGACCCCUUUGCCUCCUCUUUUGGAGGGGCAGGAUUUGCAGAUGACCCUUUCAAAAGCAAAUCAGACACACCAGCGUUGCCACCGAAGAAAAACGUCCCUCCACGACCCAAGCCACCCAGUGGUAAAAGUACUCCUGUAAGCCACCUUGGGUCUGCAGAUUUUCCCAAGCCCCAUGAUCCAUUCCAGCCAUUUGGGGCUGACAGCAGUGACCUGUUUCAAAGUAAAAAGGGGUUUGGGGACCCAUUUAGUGGAAAAGAUCCAUUUGCUCCCUCCUCUUCAAGUAAAACUUCUAAAGACUCUUCCUUGGGGUUUGCAGACUUCAGCUCUUUCGGAAAUGAGGAGCAGCAGCUGGCCUGGGCGAAGAGGGAGAGCGAAAAAGCAGAGCAGGAGAGAUUGGCUCGGCUACGGAGACAAGAACAAGAAGACCUUGAGCUGGCCAUUGCGCUCAGUAAGGCUGACAUGCCAAACUCCUAAAGAGGCUUCACCCUCGUGUGAGAGAAACCUCUGAACAAGGCUUUUAUAAAAAUACUAAACCCUUCUUCCUUUAUAUAAUUUGAAGUCACCUCCAGAUCUCCACAGGACUGGCUGGUUGUGGCGUGACCGGGCUCUGUGUGUGGCGUAACCUGCAGGAAACACUGUAAAAGCUGUAUUAUAUGUUCUAGAUUAAAUUUAUUGCUUGUAAGGAAUUUUAACGUGUAAUCCUAAGGUACUGAAAGUUUCUUUGAUCUGGAACACGGCUUGUUGCGUAGGGUAAACUGCAGCUUGUGAAUCUGGGUUUUUUUCCUUUUUUUUUAAAAAUAACCUGAAUUCCGCUGGGUCUUGGAGGCUGCAGGAUGGAUUUCAAAGAAAAUGUCAUAAAAAAAAAAAGAGAAUAUUUAUAGAAUUAGCUUUCACUUGUGGCAUUUAUUUAAUAGUUCAUGGUAGGCUAAUUAGUACUUCUGCAUCAUCUGUGUGAAAGCAUAAAUUCAUUAUUAGAUGGUCCCUUUUUAUCCAGAAGUUGUGGCUUUUACAAAAGAAUCUGGCAAUUUGUAUGUGAUGGAUACAAACAGUGGGCUCUAUAAAAACAGCACAAAUUCGAAGACUCCAGAAAUUAGUAGUUCUUCUACUUCAAACAUUUGUUUGCAUCGAGUUAAUAAUCGUAUGUGAUUAAAAGAGGGAGUUAAUUCAGUUGCGGUAAACGGGAUAAAUAAUUCAGCAGUUAAAUUCUGAAGUAAAAAAAUUUGCUUUUAUUGUAAGCAAGCAGGGUGAUACACAAUUGGGUGCUGCUUUCACGUGACAUCAAGAAAUCAAGUGGUGCAAAAGUUGCCACGUUCGAGGAGUGCUCAGCCCUACAACUCAUUUACUGCAGCUCCCAGCGCUCAGACCAGGCUGCGUUACCCUGGUGACUCUCUGGGACAGUCUCUACCUCUGCUUCUUCAAUUCCACCUCUUUGGGGUUACAGAUCAAGCAGAUUGAGCUGAAACAAAGCCAAGCUGAGUCUGGUUUUAGUUGCCAAAUGCGCAUUCACCCAUCAGUUGUGGCAGCGCUGUCUGCGUCGGCUCAGACCAGGUAGGAGCAGGUUUUAUGUGCACGGAAUGCUUCCACCUGGAAAACACAGCACAGAAUGUGUUUGAGGUGUCACAGAGAAAAAAAAAGAGUCUGUGAAUUUAAUUUGCUUACUAUAAAUGCCUUUUGUGGUGACAGGAAUUCUAAAACUUCAGUUGUGUUUGCCUUGGGAUUUUCUGUCUCGUAGAGUAGGGAUCUAAGCAAGCAUUUUUCAGUGUCCUCAGUCUUCUUUCCUGCCCUUUGUUCUCUGGGAAUACAAAAGAUUUACAUUCAGUGCUUUUACUUAUCUUACAACAUCUUCUCUUUUUUUUUUUUCCCCUAAUGUGAUAUUCCUUCAUCAUCUUUAAUGCAUUUCUGGUUUUUUAUGUCCUUGCUUCCUUCCUUUCACUUUCAUACUACAGUGCUAGUGCCUGCUCAGUGGACGAAGACAAUCUUUCCCUGUUCCCUUGGGAUUGCCUUAUCCUGGAUGCUUUCCUUACACAGAGGAGUCAGAUUGGGUCCUUUUAGGCAUCUUGCUAGUUUUCAGCUCUGAAAUGAAGCCAGGACGUGUCGUUUAUGGCCUCAGGCUUUUCUGGGGAGGUGGGUGGGUGUGCAGACACACACAUUAUCCGUGUUUGGGAUCUUAUUUUCAGGAGUCACAACUCCCCUUUCGCUGCGUGUCUCCUGUGCUGAUGGUACUACAGAUAAUGUGAACCUUUUAUUCUCCUCAGAAGGAGAGAAGAUUUAUUUCUAAUAACGAAACUAAGCGUAUAAUGAUCUUUAAUGCUAUCUUCUGAUGAGCCCUUUGAGAUGAAAUAGAAGCUGUGUCUGAUUUGGCAGAACUUGAUUUGACAUCCCUUCCCACUGCGAUAAUUUUUCUCUAAUACAUGUUUGAUUACAGGGUCAAACAUGCCAAAAUGUCAAAACAUUCUCUCUUCUGUUGGUUUAUAGAAUUUAAAGUCUCUGAGAGCUAAUUUGUGCCUGUCUUUAGGUAACAUGAUUAAAGCUUUUGCUGUGAAAGAGCAAUUUUCAAAAGCAAGUGGCUGCAGGAUUCUCAGUGAAGUUAAACAAACUGUCCAUGUGUAAGAUCCUCCUGUGCACUUGGGCCUGAGUCCUUCUGCUGCAAUAAAAUUUAGAAAGUAAUUCCAGUUCUGGACUGGAUGACGUCACUCCAGUGGGACAGGAGGAUGAUUAAACAGCUUGAUGCAUUUUUGAAGUUCUGUACCAUAGCAAGACCUUCUGCUGCUUUGUCAGGGCCCUAAAACACUGAAUUUAUAAUGCUUCUAGGCCAAUGAGAUUAUGCUUUCAAGAUGUCCAGCAGGGAGGCAGAAAUGUUAAUUAAUCCAGCAUUCUGUAUAGUGUUAGGACUCGUUUUUGUACUUCCUUAUUGACUCUGCCUCCUAUUUGCUUGGACAGUAACUGCAGAUCCACAGAUGAACAAGGACAGAACACAACGCGUUGUCUAUGCACAGGAUUAGAUUUAGGAACCUUAAAUUUACUGAAGCACUCUCGAUCCAAAACGUUGUAGAAGAAAGCCUAGCUGUGAUUUCUCACUUUGUAUUUAAUGUAAUUUUCCCUAUAAAAAGGAAGAUUCCCCACAUCCUUUCCCCGUGCUGUAACCCGGUGUUUGUACAAUACCUGCGCUUGCUCUUGGAGGCAAAACUUGAUUGCAAGGCAGCGAUCUUCUCCCUCCAGCCCAAUGAAAUCUAAAGCACAAAGGGGCCUGUUGCUUUAUUUGGGCAAAGAAAAUCUGUACAAUGUAAGAUAAGGAAAAUGUGAAUACCCCCAGUGCAUAUACAGUGUACAGUGAGAUCCAUAUUAUUUGUGUCUAUGUAUAUAUAUAUAUGUGUAUAUAUAUAUAUAUAGAGUAUUGUAUAAUGUAAUCAGUGUGUGUAUAUACUGCACAUGUGCACAUGCUGUGUCCAGUAUAUAGCUCCCUGUGCUGUACAUAAAAUGUGUAUAUACAGUGAAUAUGUAGGAUAUGCAAUAUAUAUUCCAUAUAUUAAAGCUUGUGUGUAUGUAUGAGUUCUGUAGCCGCAGAUGGAUGCAGAAUUGGAAUCUUUACAGAAAUUCACAUAGCUCAUGGCUCUGAGGAUUUCAAAGUCCUGGUUAAAGAUAAGAGGAGAAAUGAUUUCUAAUCAAUUUGUAUCAGAAUUUCUUUCAUUGAUCUGAAAAGCUGUGUUCAUUAGCUGUGCCAGGUGCAAGAGAACCCUGGCAGAAAGUAAUAAUCAUCUGCCCUGGAUGUAAUUUCAUAUUCUUUGUAGUUUUUAAAGUUUCUUUGGAAUGUAGGCUCAACUGCUGAUCUUGCAUGUCAUCUUUCUUCUCUGGCCUGAGGCAAUGAGUUUUUUCCUAUGUUUGUUCAUAGCUUCACUUCCCUCUUUCCUUUUUAUUCCUUUUUAUUCCUUUUUAUUCCUUUUUAUUCCUUUUUAUUCCUUUUUAUUCCUUUUUAUUCCUUUUUAAAAAAUUCUUUUUAAGGAGCUGUUCCCAUGCACACACCCCAAACAAUCGCAGGCAGAGGUGGAGAACAUGUUUUUCUUGCUUCAUUCCAGUUAGAUUGAUUGCACAGAAUUGUCAUCUGGGUUCCAGUUCUGUUUUUCCUCCAUUUUUACCUGAGCUUUUACUUCAGGAGGAACAAAUAUCCACUGCAUAUUUGGCUUUGAGGAAAGAGUGGGGGUGAUUCUUCUUCCUACUUAGAUAAAUUAUUCGACUCUGUGGUACCUUGAGCAAUCACUUAGGAUUUAGCAGGGUUUUGUGGUGGAACACAUUUUAUACGGAAUAUAUACUGCUGGAAUGUCUCGUGGCAAGCCCUGGAUUGCACAGAGCACCGAGGCACAACAGUUAAACAGAACAGAUAAACAAUUACUCACGUUGAACCUUCACAGAACUGCGUGUUCGCGUUUGCCUUGAGUGGUUUCCCUCAGUUACCUUCAAAUUGUCUCGCUGUAAAACCUCCCAGUCACCCUGCAAUAAAAACAGAUGCUCAUAAACGUCAGACUUCCACAAUAAUGCUGUAUGAAAUAUUUUUAUGGGGGCAACUUUUUCUCUUCAAGGCACUUCUGCCCUGUGAGGGUCAUCAGUCCUUCCUUAGACCUUGUUCUGUGCUUUCAAACUGUAGGAAAUCCCAAGCUGUGUCUGUGUAAACCUUUUUAUUUUUAAUUCCCAUCCGUGAGUUCUGUUGGCACUGUUGUAGAAAUUAUUUUGUCAUCUUACGCUCGAAGAUAAUGCACUUUUCUUGAAUUCUUCUUAUAAUCCUUUUGGGGUUACUAUUUCUUCUUUAGUGUUUCUCCAUUGAGAAGAAUAUUUGUUCUGUAGAACCAUGGCCCAAGGAGUUUUGGUCCAAGUAGAAUUACUGCUUUCCCUUGUGCAAGAGUUUGCAUUUCAUUCCUCCCUCUCAGGAAUUUCAUUUCUGCUUAAAUCCUCAUUUAGAGCUGGAACUCUGGUGGAGUGAAUUGAUCUCUGCUGUUAGUGAUCUGAUUCAAUUAUCUUCCCACACUAGUGGAACAGCCAAGUUCUUAGUUAUAUAUUGCAUUUAUUUAGGCUUCACAACCGUCUUUCCUUCCAAAGGAAUUUUGCUUGGAGUAUGAUGGAAUCAUAGAUUUAUUUUUAGAGUAAACAUGUUCACUAUAAUUCAUCGACACACCUGUUUGAUCAGUUGGGCUACUGCUCUUUUUACUUGAAAGUUUUAUAAAUAAAGGCUAAUUUGUUAUAAAAUGGGUUUUUCGUUUUUCCAUCUUCUGCCUCUCCCUUUAAGUUUCAAAGGAAAGCUCCUGGUGACUGUGGUUUCUUCUGCUGUUGCAAGUUCAGAGCGCUCUUCUGGUGUCCCUUUUAAUAUAUCAUUCUUCAGUCUGACCUGAAAAAAGUGGAAACAACAAAGAGGAAACUGCAGUGUUGACCUAAAUCUGACUAAUAUCUCCAAAUAUGUACAUUAUUGUGGUUAUAUUUAUCUUUCAAAUGUUGUAACAAAUUGUAAGGUAUUUUAAUUUUAACCCAUCUCAUGUGUUUAUU